AUGGCUGCCGAGAAGUGUGCGGAGAUUGUGCAGAGACUCUCAAAUACGUCGGGCGAAGAGUUAAUGAUAACUUUACAAGAUCUUAGUGCCCUUCUUAACAGCUCAUCUUUUGGUACUCGUGAGAUAGCGCCUCAUAUCCCAGCUCGUUCGUUGUUUGGCUGUUUCAGUACAACCAACGAAGAGCAAAUUUCUCUGUGCAAAGGGAUAUUGAACAAAUUGCUAUCUGUAGAGAAGGCAGACGCAAUUAUAACUCAGUACCACGAUUUCGUCAUCGAAGGUUUGAAUCAUCCACAGUUUGAGGUCCGCGAGUUUUGCUUGGGUGAGCUGGAAAGAUGCUCUGCAACUGUUAACGGCCUUCUCGCUAUUUUGGACAAUGUGGAUAUCCUGGUUUACACCACUCGUGCGCUGAGCAACGAGAGCCUUGCUUGCGUCAAGUUGGCCUCAAAUACGCUUAUCAACACUGCAAAACAUGAAUCCGGUCUGGAGAUUCUGUUUGAACAUCAGAUUCAGAGUGAAAUCGAGGAGCUUCUAACGAAAAAAGAUGUUAUCCGGUUCAGAGUGUAUGAGCUUUUUGUGGCUAUCCAACGUCUCUCCAAAAAAGCGUUUGAAUUAUGCAGAAAAUCAGGUGUUUUGGAGAAAUUGGCAAAAGAGCUUGAUGGAGAUGAUAUUUUGCUCAGGUUGAACAGCAUUGAGCUUUUGACGCAACUUGCAGAUUCAGGAACAAAUGGGCUCAUGUUUGUUGAAGAAAGUGGCAUAGCAAAUAAGCUGAAUAAUUUAUUGAUUACUGCUGAAGUAGAUCCACUGAUCUCUCUGAUGUUACCAAGUAAGGUUUUAGUUUUAGUAUAGACAGUUCAAACACAGAAAGUCAAUUAAAAUGAUUUAAAUGUUCAGAUUUUAUAGAAGGGUAAGCUUCUAAAGAAACUGUAGUGUAGUGUCAGUAGAGGGUAGUACAGGAUAAUCUGGUUUUAUCAAAUGAGUUCAUAAUGUAAACACUUGAACCGUCAGCUUUAGAAUCUCUUCACAGUGGUCAAUAUUCAAUAAACACAAUUUGAACUAAGUUAAUAAAACCAAAAUAUCUUCUUCAUAGUUUUUGAAAUAAUGAUGCAGAAAUUCCAACCCUUCUGAUUUGAUUGGUAGUCUCCCAAUUUGAUGUGUUGCCCCUCUCCUGAUUUAUCAUAAAAUUCUUAUAACAAAGAAAAAAUUGCUUCUCUUAUAAGUAUCUUUUGCAAUCUGAGAGUAAAAUGUUAUGUAACAUACUUUCCUAUACAAUUUUUUGUUUGCAGAUGACUUAGGCAUAAAUUAAAUAAAAUAUACUCCCUAUUUCCCCUCAAAAGGGAUUGGAAUGUCUGUGAAUAAUAAUGAUACCAACAACAAUAAUGAUACUUUCUGUUCUUAUAUAGUGCUGCCUCCAAUAUAAUUGCCCAAAUAGUACUUAACAAAUAUUCAAUAACAUUAAAAAUGAUGGUAAGAAUGCUAGGAAAGGGCAAUGUUGAAUCUUCAAAGUGAUCAGCUAAAAAACUGGAAGUCACAUUUAGAAAAUAAAAUGUCUAAACAAGCAUUUUCACAGCUCGGUAUAGGCUGCCCCUUUUGCUGUCUGAGCUUACAGGCAAAUUGUCAUCAGGUAAAGGUCCUAAGAUCUCAUUGGUGAUUCUCCUUAUUGUCAGCCAUACAAUUCUUAUGAUAUCAUUUCUGAGAAUUUGCUGUUGGAUCAACUAUCAAUCCAGUAUCAAUCCCCUAAUUUACAUUUUUCUUUCUUCAUAUCACUUGCCUGCUUGAUAUUGCCAUAUAUUGUAGGAAGAAAUUCUGUCUUGGUCACUCGUGUAAUACAUUUUCUUGAUCUUGAAAUCUUACAGGUAUUAUCAGAUUCUUUGGUUAUCUGGCUCAGUCCAGACCAGCAGAAGUGAUUCAGCAGUAUCCAGCUUUUUUGGAAAAUGUCAUCUCCUUCCUAACAGCUGCAGAUCCAUCUCUUAAACUGAUUGCCAUAGAAACAGUUGGUGCUGUGUCACAUGCAGAAGCAGGUCUGCAAGUAGUAUUUGAUGACAAGAGCCGCAUUCAUGAGAUCAUGAAAGUCUUGUGCACAAACAUCACUUCCUCCCAAGCUGAUGUGAAGGCUCGUUCCUUGGAAGCUCUGGCCUUGAUUUUUCACUCCACUCAAGUUCCUUCUGAGGAUUUGUCAGUUUUGACAAGAUUGCUCUUUAUUGCUAUGACAUCUAAUCCACUUCAGGAACUGAUGGAAAUUUCCAAACAACCUUUUCAAGAUGUUCACUAUGCUGUGUUGAAAGUGUUUAGAAGUCUUGCCAAAUACCGAUGGGCACAAGAAAACAUGACCACUUGCCCAGGUAAAAACAAAGAAGACUAAGAUUAUUAAAUAAAUAGUAUCUUGUAAUCAUAAAGCUGGAAACCUAUUCUGGACACAAACUUUGGUCUAGAACAGAAAUAGAUGAUGAGAUGAAUGUGCUUAUCCUGCUACAUAUGCUCACACAAGGUGAGACUCUUUGCAUGUCCCUACUUGUGAAGCGUGGAUGUGCAUCAUCUGAAAUGUGAAUCCUAAUGAAAAUAUCACAAAGCAUAUGAUGGACUGCAGACAGUUUGUGGUGUCUUGCAAAAAAAAAAAAAAAAAACCUCUUUGAAGACAUUCUUCCACCAAACCACAGAAAUCACAGCUCCACUGAGGCCUAUUGUUCCAAGGACAGUGUUCAGAGUACCCUCUUGGAGAUGGUAACUUAAAUAAGUUAAGAUAGUUUAGGUUAACAAUUUCCAUCUCACCUUGAGAGAGCUUGCACCCAAACCUACCUAUUGGUGGUACAUUGUGGGUAAAUAACAAGGACUGAAUGACUAUUUGUCCCCCCCCAAAGUGGCCUAAAACUUUAGGGCUUAUAAUAUCUUUUUUUUCUUGCAGGUUUCCUUGAAUACCUUUUAGACAGGAAGACAGAAACAGACAAGACUGGCAAGGAACUUAAGUAUGAGUUUAUAGCAGAACUUGUUCAUUCUCCAUUCUCUAAGGAAGUGUUUGACAAGCCCAUUCAUUUACGACUGCGGGAAUAUGAACGCGAGGGGCCAUUCUAUGUUCGAGCCGAGGCAGCUGUAGCAUUUGAAGGAGCAGACUGAAACUACUUUGCUGUUGUUGUAGUUCAUGUUUGGUCACCGUAAUUGUACUGUAAUCUGCAAAAAUUAGUUCCAUUUUGAUCAAGUUAGGUUAAAUUAUUCCAACCAUAACACUAAGGGUUUUUCUUAAAGAGUGUUAGAAGGUGUUUUAGAUUGUGUCAGUCAUAAAGUAAUGCUAGCAAUUCGAGUUCUCCUGUCUUUUCCAUUCUGAUGUAUGGAAGGAAGUUUGGCAAAGAAAACUUUGACCUCUCAUGUAUUUUAAACCCAAAAAAGGCUAUUGCCUAGAUUAUUUGGGUAAAGGAUGCGAAGGAAUUCUUUUAAAUGAAUAAAAACGAAUUGUAGCCCAAACAAAGUAGCCUGUGUACAUCUAAGUCCUUUAUUGGACGAGGAGAGUAAAUUUGCACAUGGUAUAGUGUCUGCAUCAAAGUGGAGAAAAGCUUACCAAGCGUUUCACAGUAGAAAUUAGAGAUCUUUAUUAGUUUUGAUAAAAAUACACUUUUACUAUUUCAACUUAAUGUUGGUUAAAAGGGAACUUUAUAAUUUCUGAUUUCAUUUAUUGAAAAAUGUUUCAUGGCUUUCUAACAACCGAUGAAGAUUUUCCCGUUAACUUGAAGAAUGUAGAAUUUUUAUUGCAGCUCAUAGCAUUAAGAACACACUUUUAAAACUUUCCCAUGCU